AUGAAUAACUUUUGGAAAUCAGUGACUGUCCUGAGUGCUUUCAUCGCAGCAGCACAUUGCCUGAGCUGUCGUCAGUGUUCUCUUGGUAUAUUUGGGACAUGCCUGUUUGGAAGCGACGUCAACUGUAAUAAUGCGACUGAGAGCUGUUAUCGUGGAGAAGCACAGUUCAAUGCUACAGGGACCCUCACCCUGCACAUCCGCGGCUGCCUGGACUCAGACCUGUGUGGGAAGACGCUGACCGGCAGCAUCGUGGGCGCUGGUUACACCAGCAGUUUCCAGUGUUGUACCACAGAUCUGUGUAACGGAGCCACCUCUGUCCAAAUCUCCCUGACCCUGGCCCUGUGUGCUGCCAUCCUGUCGGCUCUGUGGGGCACCUGGGAGUUGUAG